UUUCCCAUUUUAUACACCAAAUGAACUUUCCCUUUUUCCUUUUUCUUUGAUUCAGAAUCUGUUCUUUAGAUUACAGUUCUUCAAGAACUGAAUUGGUGGAAAGCUAAAACUGAUCUUCUUCGGCAGCAAACGCGUAUAGAUAUAGAGUAUCAAGACAACUCCAGUGUCGGCAUGGCAAACACUUGGGGUGACGACAAGAUCCUCAGCUACAACGAUGUCGUCCUCAGGAGAUCAGAUCUAGACAUCCUUAACGGACCCAAUUUUCUAAACGACCGUAUCAUCGAGUUCUACCUAAGCUACUUAUCCACACUUCACACUUCCCCUACCAUCUCGCUAAUCCCUCCCUCCAUCGCCUUCUGGAUCUCAAACUGUCCCGACCCUGAAUCACUCAAAGACUUCAUGAAACCCCUUAGGUUACUCGACAGCGAGCUCGUGAUAUUGCCUGUAAACGACAACCUCAAUGUCGAGCUAGCAGAAGGCGGGUUACACUGGAGCUUACUCGUGUACUACAAAGAAGCCAACUCGUUUUUCCAUCACGAUAGCUUUAUGGGAUCGAAUCGAUGGAAUGCGAGACAGCUCUACAGGGCGGUUUCUCCAUUUGUGUCUGAUGGAGAUGCUGCGUAUAGAGAAUGCAGUGAUUCACCGCAGCAGAAGAAUGGGUACGACUGUGGUGUGUACCUUCUUGCAAACGCUCAGGUUAUAUGCAAAUGGUUUAGCUCUGGUGGAGUGAAGAACCGGGAUGAGCUGUGGUUAGGUGAUGUGAAGGAGACUGUACCGGAUGUGGCUAACCAUUUGCGAGAAGAGAUAUUGGGGUUGAUCAAAAGGUUGAUGUCUGAGAAGAGUGUGAGUAAAUGAGAGAUGCUUGUUGGAGACUUUUUUGUAACUUUUUACCGGAUCUAAUAUAUUUGAUAUUUUCACCGGUUAUUGUUGUACUUUUAAGUUUAACCUUAAACCGAUAACGAGUGCUUUGUGUAUGUGAUCAAUUGGUAAAUAAAAUAAAAUAAUCGCCGUAAAAAAAACAA